CAUCCAGGAGUUCAGGAGCUGAUUACUGCAGCUGCUCGCUAAAUCACCUCAACUGAGCUCUGAUAUCAGAUUAAAUCAUAUAUUUACUUUAUCACUUUUACACAAGGACACUUUAAAGCAGAGAAGCAUGGCUCAGUUUAACAAGGGACCAGCAUACGGAUUAUCUGCAGAGGUUAAAAACAAGAUUGCACAGAAAUACGACUCGCAAAAGGAGGAGGAGCUGCGCUUCUGGAUCGAGGAGGUGACGGGCAUGCCCAUCGGAGAUAACUUUCAGAAGGGGCUGAAGGAUGGUGUUGUUCUGUGCGAAUUAAUUAACAAGCUCCAGCCAGGUUCUAUAAAGAAGAUCAACCAGUCACAGCUCAACUGGCAUAAGCUAGAGAACCUUGGGAAUUUUAUCAAGGCCAUCUUAGACUAUGGCCUGAAGCCCAAUGACAUAUUUGAAGCCAACGACCUCUUUGAGAAUGGAAACAUGACUCAAGUCCAGACCACACUGCUCGCCCUGGCCGGCAUGGCAAAAACUAAAGGACUCGACACUAAAUUUGACAUUGGAGUAAAAUACGCCGAUAAGCAGCAGAGGAAUUUCAAUGAUGAGAAGAUGAAGGCUGGUCAGUGUGUCAUUGGACUACAGAUGGGAACUAACAAAUGUGCGAGCCAGGCUGGUAUGACCGCUUAUGGCACUCGGAGGCAUCUUUAUGACCCGAAGACCCAGACAGACAAACCUUAUGAUCAGACCACGAUCAGCCUGCAGAUGGGCACUAACAAAGGAGCCAGCCAGGCUGGCAUGUCUGCCCCAGGCACCAGGAGGGACAUUUUUGACCAGAAGGUAGCCGUACAGCCUCUGGAUAACUCCACUAUCUCCCUACAGAUGGGCACCAACAAGGUGGCAUCUCAGAAAGGCAUGAGCGUCUACGGGCUGGGCAGGCAGGUCUACGACCCCAAGUACUGUGCCCCGGCCACAGAGUCUGCCAACCACACCAACGGCAGCCAGGGCACGGGCACGAAUGGCUCCGAGAUCAGCGACAGUGACUAUCAGGCGGAGUACCAGGAGGAAGAGUACCAGGGCAGCUACCACGAUGAAUACAGCGGCCACUACAACGACCAGGGCAUCGACUACUAGGGAGAGCUGGGCUGUUAGGCUAAGCAGUAUUAAUUAUAGCAAUAUAUUAUUAACAGAGCAAGUCUUUUGCUAUCAUGGCUAGUCUUCCUUUUCUAUCAAGGGCUAAGUGGAAGGGAGGGUGGUGUUGCAUCGUGCUUAUCCCCGGCCCUGCUCUAUCCAUUCUCGACUGCGUUUAUGUAGCGGGAUUUUACUGUGGUUUUAGUUCCAUCCCUAAAACCUGCUUCAUCAAAUUCACAACAUUCCUAGUAACCGCAUUUUUAUGAAGUACGGAGAACUGUGAAGAAAAUAUUCUAGACUUUCACUCUGCAGCCUUUUUCUCAAUACGAACCCACUUUGUAUACCCUGUGACCUUUUUAAUAAUGAUUUUUCUUACAUCUCAGAACGAAUUAUUGUUCAGCGGCCUCGCUCUGCUCUACUACGUACUGAAAAAGACUGAGAACGAUAUUUAAGGUGUGUUCAAGUAAGAACGAGCAAAAUAUGAAGCAAAAAGCUUUUUUUAAGUCAUUCCAUUUGUGAUUUACCACCACUGGAAGUUAAGCUCUGAAAUACCAGAGGUUGGUGCUUUUAUAUGGAGCUCCUUUAUUCGACUGGACGACCGAAAAUUCCUGCUUUUAUCCAAAAAGUUUUAAUUGUGCCAUAAACUUGGAAAUGUUCUUUUAAAUUUUACUUCCAGUGUAUUUAUUGCCAUUUUCUCGUUUAAACUGUUCUUGUUAUGGGUCAUUUUUUUUAAUAAAUUGUAUGUUAUAAAAGA